AUGGCAACUGAACAUUAUCAACCAAGUUCAAAAUCAACAUAUGCUCCUUUUUCAUCUAUACAAUAUCCAACUUUAUCGAAAUUUCAAUCAUCUAUUCCAAUAAAUCCUUCACAAUCGAAUUCAAAAAAUCAUCAAAUACCAAUUAUUAAAGAUUUACGUCGAAUCAAUUUAUUAAAUGAAUUAAAUACUUUUCAACAAAAUAAAACACGUAUUCAAGAAACAGUUGAAGUAAUUCCUCAACCAGUUUCAUGUGAACGUAUAUUUUAUACAUAUACAAAUGAUCAUACAGAUUUACGUUCACGUGAAUCUAUUCAAUUAGAUCAAAAUAUUUCUAAACAUUCAACUAAUUCUAAUCAAAUAUAUACAAAUAAUAAUUCUUCGAAAUUAUUUCAUAAUAAUAAAUAUGAUCAACGAUUUAAAUUAAAAUUUUAUUCAACAACACUUUUUAUUUUUCCAAAACAACGUAAUGAAAAAUUUAUAACAGAAAUACGUUAUAUUCCUGAACAUAUUACAAUAAGAUAUAAAACAACACUUGAAUUAUUAGCAGCAGCAACAUUAACAUCAUCAAUUCAUGAGCAUUAUUAUCAAAAUAUUCAUGAUUUUUAUCAUAUAGCUAAAGACAUUUUUUAUCGAAUUUAA